CCUUUUUCCUCAUCAACACCCUUUAUUCCAAUCAUGGCGUUUGCAUUUGUCGCCCGCUCUUCGCUUCUCAGGGCCCGUCCCUUUGUCGUGGCCACGUCUCGCACCAGCGCCGCGCCCUUCUCUUCGUCGACCGCCCGCUUCGUCACGCCCGGCAAGAAGGAGACAGCAACCACAUCCGAGGAUGCCGUCCACGCUGAGCGCUCCGAUGACAGCGUGGAAGAGCUGCAAAAGAAGACGGCCGCCGAGGCUGAGCGACAAAAGCACCAGCACUUCUCCAAGGCGAGCCCAAACGACCAACCCACCGACUCGGAGGACGCCGUCCACGGCGAGAAGCACAGCGUUGAUCCUCUUGCAAAGUCCAAGUAGAGGAAACAACACUUCCUGCAAGUGGUCUGGAGUGAAAGCGCUCCUCCCAAAUGAAAUGGAUGGGCGGUGAAAAUAAGGAAACACAACAAAGCUGGGAUAAUUAUACAUUUUCUCGAUAUAGGUUGAAGCAAUGUCAUACUCUGAGAAUCAGCACUGCAAGCGCUAUCUCGACACAGAGGGUCGAAAGCGUCGCCACAAACACCACUGUGCCCGCUGUUCGAAAGACGGGCCGCACAAUCACGGGCUGGUCGGGGCCAGGCGGGAGCUGCACUCCCGGUGUUCCCGCUGGCGAGACGGGCCCUGCGACGGUGCCGAGCCGAUGGGUAUCUGACCACUUGUCGUGGUUGGAGACUG